AACGGUUACACCUGAGACUACUAAAUGCACAACGUUACUGAGCUUAUGCAGUCUGUUUGCAACUCGGUUCAUUUGGUCAUAUUGAAUAUUUUAUAUCAAGUUGCUGUGUGAACUCUACCACCUGCACGUUGUGAAAGCAUCUGAGAGAGAGACAGAGUGAAAUCUGCAGCACACUGACGGCCUGACAGUGUUACAAACAUCCAGAUUGGCGCCCAAUGCUGUUGAGACUCACUAUAAGACACCCACAUGCUGAAGCAGAGUGCCUCAUUAGCCCGACAUGGAUGAGGCAGAGAAGUACCAACAAAGGCUGCAAGCCAUAGCGGAGAGGCGUCAACAGCAGGAAGAAGAGAAGAAGCUGAGGCGGGAGACAGAGGAGUGGUUGAAGACAGCCCAGAAAAAGAGGAAGCACUUGAGGGAGCAGUGGCUCUGUGAAACAGCUCCAGCUCCUCUCCUUCCUUCACUUGACAGCUUUAGGCCCCGGCCACCACUACAGGACGAAGCAGACGAGCACACAACAGCGGAGGAAACCAAAAGUCAAAAGACGCCUGAGGACGAGCACAAGGAGGCAGCUGAUGUCAGAAAAGAGGAACAACCCUCCCAAGAAGUAAACAAAGAAUCUGUCAACUGUACAGCCGCAGCCAGAACACACAACCAGCGUCGGGCUGGCACUGACGAGGACGUACAAGUGAAUAAAGAGGCUGAGGAUCACUUCUCCAAACAAAUGGCACAAAGGAUGUUUCAUGAAAGUGGGCAAGAAGGCCGAUCAGUCCUGGGAACGUUGGCAGUACAGGUCGAGAGAGACCCUAAGACAGGUGCCACCGUCGUCAAAUCAGUGGCCCCAGUGUCCACACCGGCUGGUGCUCGGACGGCUACCACCGUCUUCGACGAUGGCCGGAAGAGUAUCCACGCUGUCGGUGGAGUGGGAGGUCAACCCUCGACUGAAGAGCUCGGGCAGAUCUUGAGCGCUAUCGAUGGGGUUGGGAUGAAAGUGCUGCUGGAUGAGGUCACAGUCACACCAAACAAGGCAGAGACAAAGAUAGAGAGUGUAGAUGCCAAUAGAGCUCCAGAGGAAAAAGUCCUGUCUUUUUCUACCCGUCAUGCCAUGUCAGAAGGGGACGACACGCAGUUAGACAGCUCUAGAAGCUACAACUUGAAAGCCAAGCUGGGGAUAGAGGACUGUGCUGGAAGUAUGGGAAACAAGGAGGAUAAGAAAGAGGACAGAAGCAUCGUGGCGGCUAGAGACAUUGCUGGAGAAGUAAGUAACAUAAAGGAUCUGAGGUUGGAGGAAGGCCCAGUCACUCUUGUGUUCCUGGGAUACAGUGAUGCUACAACUGACCAAGGUCACGGCCAAGAGGACCAUGAAGGCAUGCUCACUGUGGAGCGAGUGAUUAUCACUGAGGAAGGAGAAGAACACGUCUUAGGACCUGAAACGUCUGCUUCCCCUCAGGCAGAGAAAGAGUCCCAAGUGUUACAGGACAUUCCCCUGGAUGGAAAUGGGGCAGGAGUCCAGGGAGAGGGAGGUGAUAAGGUCCUGCAUAAUUCAUCUUCAUGCAGUGUAGCAGAGGGAGAAGGCACCUCCAAGCGCAAGACCUGCGAGUGUUGCUCUGUCAUGUAAGAAAAAGAUUGAGAGAGUCACCCUCAUCAGCAUAUCAUUUGUAAUAUUUGUGCCUUCCAUUAGACACUAUUGUUGCCUUAAUAACUGAUAUGAGAGAAUUUACACCAUCUGGUAUUAUAUUACAAUGGUUUUGGCUCUGAGCACCCACCACUUCACUUUGCCCAAAGAUAGAGACAUUUAUUAUGUUGUAGGUCUUUAAUAGCAGCUGUGGACUGACAACGGCUCUGAGGCACUAUUAAAAUCCACUUCCUCCCUCUGGUGGACAAAGCUGAGAAAUUCAACGUGCUCUCCUGCAGGCAUGCAGAUACUCAUCUCAAAUGUCUCUCUGCCUUCGGACUUGUUCUGUGGCUUAUCAGCCAAAAAUAUUCCAUAUGUUUAGCUUAAUUUGGGGAAAAGCAUAUGUUACAGCUUUGGGCACAAGUAUUUCUAACAGUAAUCAUGGUGUGUUUUAUUGUGUCUAUUAAUGUUAAUUUGAAAAAGUAAAAAAUGAGUGACUUAACAUCCUUUGAUACUUUUAAAACUGUAUGUUUUUUACCUACUACUACUACUACUACUCAGGGCUAUAGCUACCACUGAGGACACCAAUGAUGUUUCUGAGAAUUUGGGGGUUUUAAUGUCCUAAGGAGGAGUUUGUAUUCUACAACUUCACAUAAAUUUGACAUGGUUUUUAAGCCUAGUUCAGAUGUAUUUUAGUGUCAAAAUCCAUAGUUCAGUAUUUUGGGAAAUACCCUUCAUGCUGAGAAGAUCAAUACCACUCGUGUGUGUACAGUUACUAUGAAGCUACAGCCAGCAGCUGGUUAGCUUUAGCUUAGCACAAAGAAAUAGUCUGGUACAUAACCGCCCCUUGACACUGCAGCAUGUCGUUUUUACCUUGGUUUCUUAAAGCAUGAAUUAAGCAAACACGAUAUGAUGUGUUAAUUAGUGAGCUUUCGUAGGCUAAUAGGCGGACUUUGUUACUUUUGGACAGAGCCAGGCUAACUGUUUCCCUCUGUUUCCAGUCUUUGUGCUAAGCUGGUGUUACCUUCAUAUUUACCGCACAGACUAUGUGAGUGGUAUCGAUCUUCUCAUGUAAUUUUUGGGGAGAAAACAAAACGUAUUUCCCAAUAUGUCUAAUUAUUUCUCUAAAUUGGACUAUUUUAAGCUUCAAACAGGAUUUGGUAUUUUUCCAACACAAUUAUAUUCCUGGCAUUGUAAGGCUUUUAAACUGCAUUUAGGCAAUAGGGAGAUAAAAAUUUGCCACAAAUAUUAUUUAGCUGUUAAAUUACUGCAGAAAAUGUGGGAAAAGAACAUUUGACAUUUUACAUCUUUUUGUGGCUAAUCAAGAAAUUUUAGGGCAGGUGGGAUUGCACUGGGGGAAUUUCAUCCCCAUUUCUAAAAUCCUGGCUAUAGUACACCUAUCUGCUAAAGUGUUUUAUUAUUUGUAUCACUGUAAUUUGGUAUAAAAUUGAUUAAUUAUAGUGGAAUAUAUGAUUAUAAUACAGAAUAUAAUUAGUAUG